GUCUGAUUCCAGACCGGGAAGUGGAGCUCGAUUUAGACCGGUCUCACGGGAAUUUUAUAGGGGACGGUUCAAAGUCUACAUCCCUCCCUCUCUGCCUCUUUCUGCUCUCAGUCAGAGGCAUCUGGAAUCGCUGCGGAUCGGAAUCCUUUUCUCUUUUUUAUUUGUUUCAGGCGUCAAAAGAGGGCAGGGAUGCCUGUUUGUGAAGUGAGUGAAAAGGAUCCACGAAGCUUUUCACUCAGUGGAGGAAAACUUUGAACUGGAACUGGGAUACUUGGAAGAUAAUUUGGAUUUUUUUUCCCCGGAUAAAAUAGUUUUUCUAUGGGAUUUGUUUUUUAUUUUUCUAGUGAGAGCAGGGCUGAGCUGAGGGCAGAGGGGAGCUAAAUGCGGCUGACUGGCGACCCUGCACCGGGAACCAUGAACAGCAGCGGGUCUGGCAACUUUCUGCUGGUCCCCAUACCGGAGUACCCCCUGCUGGACUGCGUGCCCAACAAGACGGUGAAGAUUGUGGUGCUGGGAGCGAGCAACGUCGGGAAAACCGCUUUGAUUGUUAGGUUUCUGACCAAGAGGUUCAUUGGUGAUUAUGAAGCAAACACAGGGGCACUCUACUCCCGAAAGGUCACGCUGGAGGGUGAGGAAGUGUCGCUUCAGAUCCAGGAUACACCUUGUGUCGCUCUCCAGGACGAUGCUGAGGGUCUGUACUGUCAGGAGCAGAUCAACAGGUCAAUCUACUGGGCAGAUGGAUAUGUGCUGGUUUUCUCCAUCACAGACCACAACAGCUACAGAACCAUCCAGCCACUGUACCAGCAUGUCAGACGUAUACACCCCUCUGGAAACAUACCGGUUAUACUGGUUGGCAACAAAAGUGACCUGCUCCGAGCCCGACAAGUGCCUGCAGAUGAAGGCGAGACGUUAGCAGCUUCAUUAGGAGGAGUUUACUUUGAGGUCUCAGCCAGAGAAAACCACGAAGGAGUCCAUGCUGCCUUCCUACAUCUCUGUCAGGAGGUGAUCCGGGCACUGGGAGGAGGGAAUGGGGAGAAGAGAAGAGGAGGACUCCACCUGGCCAGACCCAAAUCUCCCAACAUGCAGGAGCUGAAGAGGAGGUUCAGGCAGGUCCUCUCCUCCAAAGUCAAAUCAGCCACGACCAUCUGAGUGCAGUACGGGCUGAAAAAUGACAACCUGCAGCCGGGCAUGUGGCGGAAAUAAGAGCUAAAACGCCAAAGGGAAAAAAAACAUCACAAGAAGAGUUUUAUGUUUCGAGAUAUGGAGCCAUUACUGGCAUGAAAAGACAUGGUGUGUGUGGUGAUCAAAGCUUCUCGAGAGCACGAGUCGUCCUGAUCAGAAAACAAAGCCUUUCUGGCAGGCGAGCUCUUCUGGAAGGGACUUGUGGUCAACACGACCUCUUUCCAGACUUGAGUACAGCAAAGACGCUGCCCAAAGCUGAAAUGACAGAUACGGCCAAACAAACAGCUUGUGUUGUAUCAGAAACUUUGCAUGUUUGUCAUGAAAGGCAGCAGAACUUUCUGACACGUUUAUGUCUUAUUUCUUUCCGGUUAAAAGCCAAUGAAUACAUCGUGAACAAAGUGAAUUAAAUAUACCAAAAACAGCGAAGACGUAUCAGAUUUAUCCGGUUUGUUUUACAUGACUCAACAUCUCUUAUUUCAUCUCUCAACUGUGUUACAUAUUCAUUGUUUUGUUUUGUUUUUUACUUACUGGGGAAUAAAAUGUUACUCAAAA